AGAAAGAGAGAAUCACAAUCACAGAAUCAGAGACACCAGUAAUACACACAGCCGCAUACAGUAACCAUGCUGAUCUCUGUGCUGCUGUUAUGGUUUGGAAUCGUCCUCCUCUUUUUCCUGUUCAGGGUGAAAAGACCCAAGAACUUUCCUCCUGGACCCAGAGCACUUCCUCUGCUGGGAAACCUGCUGGGAAUCAACCCACAACAGCCACUAAAGACUUUGGAUAAGUUGACAGAGCGCUAUGGCCCUGUCUAUAGUCUGUAUUUUGGUCCUCGUCCUGCUGUGGUACUGGCCAGUCAAAAGGUCAUCAGAGAAGCUCUCGUCUCUAAAGCCACUGAAUUUGCUGGACGACCAAAUCACCUGAUGGUCUGUCAUAUCACUCAGUGCAAAGGUGUGGUUCUGGCAGAUUAUGGUCCAAAGUGGCAGGAGCACCGGCGCUUCGCCCUGACCACGCUGCGCAACUUUGGGAUGGGGAAGCGCUCCAUGGAAGAGAAGAUUCUAGAAGAAACCCAACACAUCUGUGCCGAGGUGGAAAAACAUGCAGGGAAGUCUAUGGAUCCUCAGCAUCUCUUCCACUUUGCUGCCUCUGACAUCGUCUGUUCCAUUAUUUUUGGAUCUCGAUUUGACUAUGAUGACCCCUACUUCAAGAACCUCAUUCUCAUGAUUGAAGAACUGACUAAAUUGGUCUUUGAUCCCUGGGCAAUACUUUAUGAAAUUGCUCCAUUCAUUAGAAGCUUGCCUCUGCCUUGCAAGCGGGCAUUUGAUUUACAUGACCGUGUUCAGGGCCAUAUACAAAAUGCGGUAGCUGAGCACAAAGACUCGUGGGUUUCAGGUCAGCCAAGAGACCUAAUCGACUGCUAUCUGGAUGAGUUAGAGAAAAGGGCAGAUAAAGGCACCACCUUUGAGGACAGUCAACUGGCAGCCAUGUUGUUUGACCUGCUGAUUGCUGGGACUGACACCACCUCCAACACACUAAGGACAGCAACACUCUACCUUAUGACCCACCCUCACAUACAAGAGCGCUGCUACCAGGAGAUCGAGGAAGUGCUGGGAUCUCGUGAGGAGGUGUGCUUUGAGGAUCGCCUGUCCAUGCCCUACAUCCAGGCGAUGAUCCAUGAAGCCCAAAGGCUAGCUGAUACGGUCCCCCUCAGCAUGUUUCACACCACAACCACAGACACACACAUCCAGGGAUACAAUAUUCCCAAGGGCAUGAUGGUCAUUCCUUUCCUGUCCUCAGCUCUACGUGAGGAGGGUCAGUGGAAGUUCCCUCAUGGCUUCAACCCAGAGAACUUCCUAAAUGAGAGGGGGGAGUUUGUCAAACCUGAUGCCUUCAUGCCCUUCUCUGCAGGUUCCUGUAUGUGUCUGGGGGAGGGGCUUGCUCGCAUGGAACUCUUCCUCAUCCUGGUCACAUUGCUUCGUCGCUUCCGAUUGGUCUGGCCAGAGGAGAAGGGAGUUCCUGAUUAUGGCAUGGUGUUUGGGGGCACACAGGCACCCAAACCGUUCCAUGUUGCUGUCCACCUGAGAGAAGACCGGAACUAAUGUCUAAUGACUUUUUAUUUUCUGUCCACAAUUCUAAUCCCUGAAAUGUUUUGUGAAAUUCAGCAAAUUGCCCCUCAUGGUCCUCUACCUGUCCAUUUUGUGUUUUUCCCCCUACCAAAAACAAACAAACAAACAAACAAACAGAAAAACAAACAAAAAAACACUGGUGUUUAUACACCAUCCUGAAGACCAAUUCUAGAAACGUUUCUACCCAUUUCUCUGCCUUUUUUCCUACCCAUUUCCCUAACAAAGCCGUGAUAUCCUUAACCAACACCACUCUCACUUGUAAACAAGCAUUUUGUACUUCAGGGACUUCUUUUCUUAUGCCACUCUCACUUGUGCCAUAUUGCUAGCCUGGCUAGCGCCACCACUUCUCAAUGAGACGUGGUCUGGGAACCAAACCCUAUC